AUGACGGGUGGCAUAUACUGUCAUGACGAUGUAAGUACACUUUGUUUCAUUUACAUUGCAAAUAUAUUUGUGUGUUUUAAAAACUUAAUGGUGUAUUUAACUAACAGGCACGUGGUGAAUUCCUGGAAAAUAAGAUAUAUUCUAACACAUACGCUGGAGUUUGGAUCACAUCACAGAGCAAUCCAACCAUAAAGUAAGAAAGAUUUUCGUGUUCUUCUGUUUAUUAAAUUGCAAAAUUUCUUCAUGAGUCUCCUUGUUCGAAAUCUCUCACGUCUUUUGGAUUAAAAAAAAAACUUCGCGCGCAAAACUUGUCAAUAUUCAAUGCCGGGGAAAAUUUGUCCAAAGUAGGUGCGCACUCAUCAUGAGUACACCUUGAAGGAAGUGCCCUCUAAUAGCGCUGCAGACCGCGCGUUUCUCCGCCCGCGGGAACAAAUGAGACGAAUAUCGGUAAGGUUUGGCGGAGGUCCCUGUCCCUGGCAGACAUCUAGUUGAGUUGCAUUGCUCAAGGCUUCAUAUACUAUCCCACGAGUGAAGAAACGCCCGUCCCGAAGCGCUUAUGGUGAGCGCAUGCUCACAGGCUGCACUUGGCAUUACCUCAAUUUCUUGAAAAGCAACUAUUUAAUCUGUGAUUUUGCUAUUUUUUGCAAACUCUGCACAAACUCCGGCGUGGUUAGCUCUUCGUUGUACAGUAUGAGAGGUUUACCAUUUCGCUUCUAGCUUCUCCUGGACAAGAUUACGGUUCAUUUUCAGCUUAAGUGCGAAGUAAACUUGCUAACUACUUCAAUUUAUUGUAUUUUAGAAACAACGAGAUCUACGAUGGACAACAAGGAGGUGAGCGACACUUUUUGUAUCUGAAUUGCUUUGUUGUUGUCCUUACUGCUUUUUUUUCCGUGAUCGCGCUCAUCAAUACACCAUGAAAUUGACAUGAUUAUGAACAUUGCGAAACUCGAUAUAAAUGCACUGAAAACAGGUAAAUAAAAGUUAAUCACCAUCAUGUUUCUUUAGCGCCAUUGUUGUGAACUGGGGACUUAAUCAAGAUUUCUCUUUAAAUCCAAGCUACCUUUAUUUGACUUGAUUGAUAAUCUUACGAAGGCAUUAUGGUCUCGUUUGUCUCUUGUGGGAGUUUAUGUAUUCGGCGAAGGAAAAGGAUUGAUUGAAGGAAAUAACAUUCAUGGUUUGUAUUAAUAUUGUCUCUUAGUCCCUACUUCAAGUUUGUCAAACAGAUUGUUAAAGUAAUCAUUUGUGCCAAGGUUUUCUCGAUUGAGUACAACAAAAGCAAAAUUAACCGCGACAGUCAAUUGGACCUGAAAGAAAACAUGGAUCAAUGUCAGUAUCUGAGCAACUGCAUACCUACCCCACCCCUCCCCUAACCCAACAGCAACCCUGACUUGUUAUCAGUUGACUGUUUUUGGGUUAGGGGAGGGGUAAGUAUGCUAUCAGGUAUUAACAUUUAUCCCGAAACAAGCUCAACUUACCUGAAGUGCCUGAUAACGCGAGUGGUCGAGUCGUGAUUUUGCGUCUCAUUAGCUGAGGAUGGCGUGAGUUUUAAGAGAGGUUGUCAGUAAUUUUCGAGAAUCCGGUGACAGAAGCAAAAAUUCAACUUUUUUUUUGUUUGCUCCAAAAGACCCUUUUGGUGAAUCGUUUUCAAGAAAAAUAUUCAAAAGUUCGAGCGAGUUUUAAUUUUGGAAAAAAAAUACGAAAGUUCGAAAUCGGCCAAAACUUACCUAAUUUGCAUAAUUUCUAUUGGGCUUUUAGUGCAUUUUCACAACGCUCAUACGAGACAAUGAAAAACUAUCUUGGAUUUAUUUUUUCACAAGUUGUUUUUCAUCCUUUGGAGUAGCUUUGCAACUAUAUUUCAUCUCCAACUGAACUUUCUUUCGUUUGUAACCACCCGCGUAAAGUACACUAUCUUUUCUAUUCCGUUUGUACGCUGAAUUUUACUAUAUUUCAGACGACCAUAACAUCGAGGGUAUACAAAUGUACAUAAAAUAAAAGAGCUCUUUUCCACGAGAAAUUAUUCGUGUUUAUCAUACAAAAAUAUUAUUUUUGGCCCGUGAAAAGCGAGCGCGCCAGACCAAAAUAUAUAGCGUGCAUUUUCACGGAGUUAGGCCAUUAAUUGCUGUACUCCUACUGCAAAUCGCACGCUAUUGGGACAAAACUCGACGUGUUUGGUCUCUACUUCAGUUUUGAUUCAUUUAAAUAUAUCAACUUUUUAACUUAAAAAUUAACCUACCUUCAUUGUUAAGUGAACAAACCACCGUUUCAGGUAAAGUUUUUGAGUUGAUUUUUCUCGAGUGCUAAAUAAACAAAUCGCUGUUUACAAAGAUACCAGCUCUGUCGACGUGUUUUUAGCUGAAAUUGGCCUGUCGCAUAUGUUGUUCUUUAAUUUACAAUCUAUCCCACUGGCAUUACUUUAGAGUAAAUUACAUGUAACUAUAAAUGUUGUUGUAAAUACGUGAGCGUGAUUUAGAUAAAAUCUUCGCGCACAUAAAAUAUUCGAAACAUGUAGUUGUCCCAUGAAAAUACUCGCUUAAUUGUGCAUGAACCUUGUGUGUACAUUCGGUGUUUUGCUCGGUUGCUUUUAUAGAUUUCUACCACUGUCACUGUGAUUAAAAUAGUAUGUUUGUGUAGUUCACGUGUUUAGAUACAUUUUCUAAUCAACUGUAGGUUGGAAUUCUGUCGGUCUAGCUCAUGUCAAGGAGAUAAUUCUUUGCUUUCUGAGAAAAGGUGGCCGGUUUUUGUGUUUUCCUAAGAGCCCAUGCAAAGUCCAUUUGGCUAGUUAGGGAUGUUUCGUCAGAAGUUUACCUGAGGUCCGACCUUGAACGUAGCCACCCCCUUUAAAAUGGCAAGCUGGUCUUCGUCCAUUUUCUCUUGAUCUUAUCAUAGGCGGAUUUUUUUGUCAGCUUCACUGUGUUUGCCUUUGUUAGGGUGCUUUUGGAUGGCAGCCAAUGACUGAAACGUCUUGAUACAUCCUUCCUCUUAGCAAGAAUAUCUCGCUUUCUUGUUCUGUUUGUGACGGAUUGGGUAUAGUUCUCGCGAUGGCCCGCGUUGAGGGAUCUGUGCACGUUGCUGAUAACCACCCACUUCUACGAUUAGUUUGCUGAAGGUUUCUAAUGUAAUGAGCCUAUUGAGACCCUGAGGUGCUCCAAACUGUGCCAGUUGGUCUGCGCUAUGAACUUAUCGCAGUUUUAAAGUCAGAGGGAGGAUCGCCCACCUCUAUUUAUGUGAGCGUCUCUACAGUACCUGCGUAUCCCUAGCAAUCAUAUGAUAUAAAGUUCAUUUCAGUCACAAAUCAUUAGUUAGGAAAACUGAUGUUCAGAUAAGCGCUCUUCUUGCCCUUCUUCCUUAUUCGUUGCUGACUCUAGGAUAGCAGUUACAGUACGCGUUCUAUUAGGUUUACAGUCACCUUGCCACUAGGAAGACUCGCCACCAGCUUUGAUUUCUUCUGCCAUCUUCAGAUUCACCUCUCUCUCAACUUUACGUCUCUGAUUUUUAUGACGAGGAUACUGGCAUUUACAAACCCGAAGGUCUGAAUCUCAUACCAAGUUGUGCACGAUAUUUGAGGCAUAUCGUGAAAUCGCGGCCUUCGUAAUCACCAAAUAAGCCAAUACGCGCUAGAAUAAGCUUCUUCUCGGACGAAACGCAUGUUUGGGAUACAUUGGCGCCUCUCAAAUGUGUUUUUUUUAUGCUGCACACCCACGAGUUUAGAGGUGUGAGGUGUUGCCGUCCCUGGCCAGCGCGAGAAUUGAGAGCUUUCUAGACACUCGAUUACACCUUUUGCUGUUCAUUUACGCAAAAUGUACAUUCAUUUACGUCAACAGUUGAAACUAUAAGGCAAAUAUACAUUCAUUAGCACUUCCAUGAAACUCAUGAACGCGAACGAACUUUCAAUAACGCUAUUUCCAUAUGUAUUAACAUUCAAUAGCAUCAACGGAUGAACAAUUGCACCUUUGAACGCGAUAAUGAUAAUAAACAAUCAAGUUGUAGACUAAUGAAUGUUUUGGUUUUGUACAAGUGCCCUAUUUCCUGAUUUUAGCAAACGCUACGAUUUUCCCAUCGAUUUUUCGAUUAAAAACACGUCGACAGAGCUGGUAUCUUUGUAAACAGCGAUUUGUUUAUUUAGCACUCGAGAAAAAUCAACUCAAAAACUUUACCUGAAACGGUGGUUUGUUCACUUACAAUGAAGGUAGGUUAAUUUUUAAGUUAAAAAGUUGAUAUAUUUAAAUGAAUCAAAACUGAAGUAGAGACCAAACACGUCGAGUUUUGUCCCAAUAGCGUGCGAUUUGCAGUAGGAGUACAGCAAGAAAAUGGCCUAACUCCGUGAAAAUGCACACUGUAUAUUUUGGUCUGGCGCGCUCGCUUUUCACGGGCCAAAAAUAUGGUCGUCUGAAAUAUAGCAAAAUUCAGCGUACAAACGGAAUAGAAAAGAUAGUGUACUUUACGCGGGUGGUUACAAACGAAAGAAAGUUCAGUUGGAGAUGAAAUAUAGUUGCAAAGCUACUCCAAGGGAUGCAAAACAACUUAUGAAAAAAUGAACCCAAGAUAAUUUUUCGUUGUCUUGUACGAGCGUUGUGAAAAUGCACUAAAAGCCCAAUAGAAAUUAUCCAAAUUAGGUGCGUUUUUGCCAAUUUCGAACUUUCGUAUUUUUUUCCAAAAUAAAAACUCGCUGGAACUUUUGAAUAUUAUUUUUGAAAACGAUUCACCAAGAGGGUCUUUUGGAGCAAAUAAAAAAAAAGUUGAAUUUUUGCUUCUGUCGCCGGAUUCUCGAAAAUUACUGACACCCUCUCUCUUAACGACCAAUCACAGCGCGCAGCAAAGGGAAACUAGUGCAGUUUUGUAAAACUCUUGACACUCAAUCCAAAGUUGUUCUUCAGGUAAUUCACUGGCAUGACAGAUAGAUACUACAGCAAUUCAUAUGACGGAUUUUGUGAAACUUCUUCGGUAACUUAUCAAGAUGUUCUUUGGUUUUUCCCCGUUCAGACAAUGCACUGGCCGGAAUCCAGAUCAGAACUAAGAGUAAUCCUAUUGUUCGUUGCAACAGAAUACACAGCGGACUUCACGGGGGAAUUUAUGUGGUAAGUAUUUACAAAAGGCCAGUGCAGGAAACUAUUGAUAUUGUAUUACAUGAUGAGCUGAAUUGUACUCGCUUUUUUAUUGGGUCUUACUUAUCACCUAUUGGAGGAUAGACGCAAAGAUGACGUCACAAUAUACGGCAUUUUGUUUGUUAUCAUAUGAAAGAAAUAGAUUAAAGUUGCUGUGCUUCUGUACAGUAAUAGAUCACAGAAGAUGUCAAGAUGUGAUGAGAACGUCCGUGGUACACUCGGCUGCGUCUCGUGUGCGACUUUGUUGUUCUUAUUACAAUUUGACGUCAUCUGUGAGUUAUGUUCUCAAAGAACUAAUCAAAAAUCAUUCACAAUUCUACGUUUGUGCCCUGUUCUGCGAGUUUGUCUUUUGCAAUCCGCGUUAAUCUUCUCCAUCCUAUGUUACACUUGUUCUUCUUGUUCUAGUAUUGCCUUCUUCGGGUUUUUUUUUAAUACCCAAACAGAUAUUUUGUAUCGCUGCGUAGCCCUAUCAAAAUAACUCAACAAAGAUCCCUCUUCACCCAGGAUGUGCACACUUGCAUUUCUGAACCACGAACAAAAAAUGGUAUUUUCUGCUUUUGUGUGCCGCUAUGACAAAAACAGCGAUUUUGGAUCAGAUUUACCGGCCUCGCUUACGAUGAAUGUCGUCGUUUUUAUUCUCAGCACGAGGAAGGCACGGGACUCAUAGAGGACAACGAAAUCAACAAUAACACCCUGGUUGGUGUGUGGAUAACCACAGGUAUAAACAAUUAAACUGGAAAAGUACGCUGGGGGAGGACGGUGCUGCAAAUUUUUUUUUGCGGGUGUGGGGGUGGUUACACCUGCGUCUUGCUGACUUAAUAAAAGAAGUCAUGGAAGAGUUUAGCAGGUAAUUUAGUGUUAACAACUGAGUUGAAAACGUAAAUUAGCCACCAUAAAGAGUAAAAAAAACUGACGUUUCGAGUGUUAGCCCUUCGUCAGAGCGAUUGGAGGAAAUGUGGGUUGUGUGUGGAUUUAUAUGCAGAAAGUGGAGCUACGCCAUUGUUGGGAAUAUGGUGACGAGAAAACAGGAAUAAAUUAGUUGAAUGAAAAGCGCUCAUUGAUUCCGUGGGGAUUAAGGGUGCCGAUUUGGAAGAUAAAUUUUUAUUCUAAUGUUUUACGGCUUUCCGAACUGCCUAGAUGUAAGGAAAGGCUGCAAACUGCCAUAUGCUGUUUAGAAUGAUUAGGAAGAUUAAAGUGUCUAGCGGCUGGUUUGGAUGCGUCCUUGUCAUUUCUUUCCACGUCGCGAAGGUGUUCUCGGAAUCGGUCACCUAGUCGUCUUCCUGUUUCGCCGAUGUAGAACUUAUUGCAAUAAGUGCAAGUUAUGCAGUAAAUAGCAUUGGCGGAGGUACACGUAAAGUGAUCAAUGAUCUUAAUGGAUCUCUUGGGUCCCGAUAUUUUCUCUACGUUAUGAAUGAAAGGACAAGUUUUGCAUCGUGCACGAGCGCAUUUAAAAGUUCCAGAUUGGUCAUUGGUUUGAAAUGAACUCCUGACUAAAAAGUUGCCUAUGUUUUUGUCACGUUUGAAUGAAAUAAGUUAGGGUUGCGAAAAGAUAGUGCCAGUCUCUGAAUCGUUUUGGAGUAAUUUAAAAUUUUUAAGAAUGAUAGAUUUAACUGCGUGGUUGUGAGGGUGAAAUGUAAGAGUAAAUGGAAUGCGGUCAAUGUUUUCCUUCUCAGCCGUCUGUAGUGCUGACUGUCGAUCGAUUUGUUGGGCACGGUGGUGGCCCGCUUGAACGACAGAAACAGGAUAGCCACGUUUAUCGAAAAACUAGCACAUUGUCUCUGAUUUUUCGGAAAAAUCAGAGUCGUCACUACAUAAACGACGAAGUCUGAGAAACUGUGAAAAAGGUAUGGAGUUCUUGACGUGUGAUGGAUACGAAGAUGAAUACAACAAGUAACUAUGUGAAUCUGUAGGUUUGUAGUAAACACUAGUAAGUAAGCCGUUGCCUUCAAUUGAAAUUUUGAUGUCUAGAAAAGCCAAAGAAGUGUCGGAAAUUUCCCAGGUAUAUUUAAGAGCCGGCUGAAAGGAAUUGACGGCGGUUAUAAAUUGAGUGAGCUCCUCUUUGGUAGAGGAGGUAGCACUGAUGCAAUCGUCAAUGUAGCGGCUGUAGAGUUCAGGUUUUGGGCCGUGGUAUUGGCUAAAAAUUGAUAUUCGAUAAAACCUACAAAAAGAUUGGCGUAGCUGGGUCCCAUUUUAGUACCCAUGGCCACGCCAUUAGUUUGUUUGUAGUAGUUACCCCCGAAUGAAAAGCAAUUGAGUGUGAGCACUAGUUCGGCCAGACGGAGUAGUGUUUCAGAGCUAGGUUCCUUAAGAGUGCGUUGAUCGAAAAAAUGUUUGAGGGCCCGGAGACCUUCGUCAUUGGGAAUGACAGUGUAAAGAGAUGUUAUUUCCAUGGUGAAAAUAAGUUUGUUUUGGUCGAGGAAACUAAAGUCACGAAAAAUUUCAAGUGCGUGUUGGCUGUUCUUAAUGUAAGACGGUAAAGUUUUGACGAUAGGCGCCAUAAUGUUGUCUAAAUAGCUGGGUGGGAAACUGCAGGCAGAAACGAUGGGUCGACCUGGGUUGUUAGGUUUGUGGAUUUUAGGUAAAAAGUAAAUACACGAAGUUCUAGGAGUGGUUAUGAUGAGAUUUUUAGCAGUGGCCGGCAAUUCUUGUUUAGCUAGAAGAUCGUUAAUCGUAUUUUUGACAAUGUUUUGGUUAAUAAAAGUGAGAUCUUUGUCGACUUUAGCAUGAAAGGAGGUGUCAGAAAGUUGCCGCAAAGCUUCUUUUUGGUAGAGGUCGGCCCGCCAAACAACAACUGCGCCGCCUUUGUCGGCCGCCUUAAUGACUAUGUCUUUGCGUUUUUUAGACUUUUUAGUGCCGACCACUCUUCCGAAGAAAGAUUGGAAAAUUUGGUGUCACGAUUGAAUUUAAGUUUGUUGAUAUCGUGAAGACAUUUUUUGAGGAAAAAAUCUAAAGAUGAGAACUGGCCUUCUGGGGGAGUCCAUUAAGACUUUCGAAUCUGGAGUGUUUCGAAAGUAUCUUUGUUCGAGAUGUUAGAAUCAUCCUCUUUGUCAUGAAAAGAGGCUUUUAACUGAACGCGGCAAAGGAAUUUUUCAACGUCUUGCUUAACUGAAAAUUCGUCGUUUUUUUUGGAUAUGGGAACAAAAUUUAAGCCCUUGCUGAGAACUGAUUUUUCUGAAUCGGAAAGUAGUAAAUUUUCUGGAAUGGUAACUAUAGUUUUGAGGUUUUCAGGCGAUGAGUCGUAAGUAAUUUGGCCCUCCUUACAUCUAGGCAGUUCGGAAUGCCGUAAAACACUAGAACAAAAAUUUUAUCUUCCAAAUCGGCACCCUUAAUCCCCACGGAAUCAAUGAGCGCUUUUCAUUUAACUAAUUUUUUCCUGUUUUCUCGUCACCAUAUUCCCACCAAUGGCGUAGCUCCACUUUCCACAUAUAAACCCACACACAACCCACAAUUCCUCCAAUCGCUCUGAAGAAGGGCUAACGCUCGAAACGUCAGCUUUUUUACUCUUUACAGUGGCUAAUUUACGUUUUCAACCCAGUUGUUAACACUAAAUUACCUGCUAUACUCUCUCACCUAUGCAGCACCACAGUUUCUUUAGAAACUUACCCCUUUAUUUAUGGAAGGGUUUAGUUCGGAAUACCUAAUUUUAUCCUAUAACUUGGUGCAGACUGGUAAAUUUCAACUGGAAAGUAUUCCUAAAACACUGCAAUGAAAAUAAUGCCUACAUGGAAACCAUCUAAAGUCUCCAUCACUGAUGUUCUUCUUUGCUUUCCCUUGCGUAUAGGAAGUACAUCCACGCUCAGAAACAACAGGAUCCACAGUGGAAAACAGGUAGAACUCGUCCACAUUAGCUACGUACAUUAACAGAUUAUAGUUUCCCGAUGGUAAUGCCAUUAAAUGUUUAAAAGACAACUUCAUUAAAAAUUGUUAUUGUUUAGGAUUUGCUUAAUCUUGCUCUGAACAAUUGAAAUCAACAUAAAUAAGAGUUCUUUUCGAAUUUUUAAAUUAGAUGAAACUGAUAUUGAAUCUAAAUGAAUAGAAAGAAUGCUUGUCUUGAUGAACUCCCUUGGGAGCUUAUGCACUCUCUCUAUGUUUUAGCUUGCAGCUGAGCGUACCUAAACUGGACAUAACAAGCAAACAAUUCUGUGUAACGCUAACACUCUGCACCUUAAAUAACCAAAGGACACGAAGAGACAAAAUUCAGCCAUAACCGUCAGAAAUCGGCGCACAUCCUAGGACUGGGGACAAACAACUGCACUUGAGGGUAAAGCACAAAGCUAAAUCGAGUUUAACCGGUUUGGUCGGUUUGAAAUUGUAAAACACGUCCCAAGUUUUAAACUAAGUAAACAUAAAAAAGUGCACCGUAAUUACUAAAUGAAAGGCUUAUCAUAAAUUAAAAAAGUAUCAAAUUAACUUGCCUACAUUAUCCUCUAAACUAAUUUUAUUUCUAUUCGUUUAUCAAACAUGUAUCGUUUGACUGACCUUACUAUGAUGGCUUCAUAACUUUUUAACUUUUUCAAUUUUAAAAAAAUUGCUGAAGCUUGUUACAAUCAAGUUACGUCAUUUAAAAUGAAACGUGAAUUCUUAAAUGUCCCGUAAAUAUUUUUAAAAGGCAAAGUGUUUAAAAGCAAACUUUUAAAUCUUAUUUUUUAAGAAAUUUAUUCAAUUUAAGCUUUUCCCCGUGGUUGAUAAACUCAGUUCUAUAUAAAUUUAUAAUGCCAGUGUCACUAAGGUGAUAAAAUUGUCUUCUUCAAGUGUCCAGUCUGCCUUUGCAGCCGAUGUAUUACGUUCUGAGCCAUUUCUUUUGACUGUUACUGUCGCUAAUUUAUUCCAAAUAAACUGCUCCUUUGAAGUAGGUUGAGGUACCUUACCUUAAAGAAAAGAUGAGCACAUACUUGUUUGCAAAUUCAAAAUAAAACUAUGCGAGUGUGGACGCUGACAAAACUUCAAGCAACUCAAACUAUUGUUGCCUUUUUGAGUGUUGUGAAGUAUAUAGGCUACGAUUCUCCAUAUAUUAGUAAAGCGUCAAAACGUUAUAGAAGGAAACCUUAGGCGAGUUUGUUAAUGAAGGAGCAUGCAGUGAGACAGCUGACAUGACUCUUCAGUGGGGAGGAGCGGCAGAAACGGAGAAAUGUGAGGAGUCAGGGAUUCUCCUUCCCCCCCUCUGUUCCUCAGUUAUUUGUCCCACUCAUGCUUGGGAGCCUGACUUCGGGCAAAGCUCAAUGAAGCAAGCUUCAAACGGCCUCACACGCCUGUGUGGCGCUUAAAUCAACUGAGCCUUUAGACCAACUGCGAGAUAAACCAGCUCUCACUUCGAACGAGCUUUCUAUUUUACUAACUUCGUGUACUUAUCAUGAAAUGUCUUGUGCACUUUCCUUGCUGUAGAUCGGGCAGCAAUCCCUGUAUCAGAAGAAAUAAGAUUUGGGGAGGACAGAAUGGUGGCGUUCAGGCCUACAACGGAGGUAGAGUAUUUCAAAAAGUAACACACUAUGCCUUGGCUCUGAGCAAUUCAUAUCGCCGUCCUCUAUUUGUUUAUUUAUUACGCCUUAAAUCAGAAACAAACCAAGAAAGAACACUACUUCGCUUCAGUCGUUUGAUUCCUUUCUUUAUUCAAGGUCUUGGUCCGGAACGUGCCGUGUAGAGUUAGGGAUUCAUUAGGGCUGGAAUUGUGUCCUUAAACCCUUUCGACAUACCACGGCUAAUUUAACUUUUUAUAUCUUAAUUAUUUCUCCCUCUUAUGAGCAACACAUUUCUUUGUAAACUUAGUGGUAGAAAUGAAACUUUCAAGCUUCUCCGUUUUUCUAUUCUCCUAUCUUUGUACUGGACAAUAUGUUGUUCCAAGGACAAGUUAGUUUCGAGUCACUCCAGGGAAAUGAACGGGUCAAUCAUUGUUGAAGAGAAUGCCUGACCUGGGGACCGUUUCUCAAAAGUCCUGAUAACUUAACGGCCCCGGAGCCAUAUUCUAAAAUCAAAAGUUAUUGAAAUGGGAAGCAGGCUCUGGCAACCUAACCAGUCCAUUUUGUUUCUUUGGCUGCUCGUUUUCUUGUAUAAUUCUCACAACUUUUCGAAACUUCCAUUUUGAAUAUAAAAACAGAACAGCUUUAAGGGCCCGUUAGUUUAGUAGGGAGUUUAAGAAACGACGGCGGCGACGCCGUGAACAAAGUCGGUUAAAAAAUGAACUUAUAUUUUGCCUGCGAAUCUCGCGAUACUAUGAAGUCAUUUGGUUUGUCAAAACUAUUUCGAAACUGAAUAUGGAACACAGCGUUACAUUAGAAAUAGCAAUUUAAAAAAUUAGUCGUCGUCGUUCACGUUCUCAAGGCAACGCCAAGUUUGGUCUUUUCACGUUGAUGUUUCGCAGAGGACUCAAAGAAAUGUACAAAGAUUUAUAAAGCACGUGCACAGCCAUUGUUCUGCUCAUUAAACUUUUUUGUUAGGGACGUUGCUUUGGGCAGCCGUCACCACCAAAUACAAGGAUGUCAAAUAGAUCAGCAAAUACAAAGCUGGUUUAAGGAUGAGCUGCAGGAUAGAAUAGCUAAUAAAGUAAUGGCAUGGCCAAAUUCUAGACGGUUUAGUUUUCCUUCAUGAAACAGAACACCCUAAACAUGAAUAGUUUAGCCAAAUGAUAAACGGUCUAGUUGCCUAUGUCGAGUUGGAACAUGAAAUUGUGAAAUGGACUGGCUCGAUUACGAAUAGCUUAGCACUCAUUUGUAAUACAGUACACAAACGGUGUAGCGUUACGUCAAAUGGCACAGGGUAAUGUCGAGUAGCACAGCGUACGCACAAACGGUGUAGCUUUGCGUGAAAUAGCUCGGCGUAAUGUCGAAUGGCACAGCGUACAUACAAACAAUGUAGCGUUGCGUGGAAUGGCUCAGCGUUAUGUCGGAUGGUACAGCGUGCACACAAAUGGUGUAGAGUUGCGUGAAAUAGCUCAGCGUAAUGUAGAAUGGUACAGCGUACAUACAAAUGGGGUAGCGUUAUGUCGAAUAACUUUGUAGAACAUCAGACGCUCUAUCUGAACAUUAAAUUGCUUAGCAUUACACGAAAUAUUUCGAUGUUGUGGCGAAUCGUCGAGCUUGCUCGUGGCGUGACGUGUCUCGCCGAAACCACCAAAAAAUACAAACCGCAAAUGGAACAGUGAUCUGCUGGGGCAUGACGUCAUCGAAUGUGAAGACUGUCGCGAAAUCAUCAGAUGGUGUAGUCGCUGUGUUGAAGGGUCUACACUUCGCCUUGCCGUAAAGCAGAACCAAUUCAGUGAGUUUCUCCUUUUUUCCCUCGCCGAUAUUGCAUUUAUUCGUUGUCGUUCGUGAAAGCGUUAAUUAAAAUAGCAACGAGACUGGAUUCUUUUACGGUUUGCCGGCCUCCCGGUCUACCACAGUUUGCAUGCGUUGGUGAGCCUGAAUGUUGAUAGUAUUAAGUAGUGAAUGAAAGUGAUCCUCGCAGUAAUGUGCACUACUUAGGCAGUAGUGAAAAUAAGGCCUGAAAAAAUUCAGGCCUGUACGGGAUUUGAACCCAUGACCUCUGUGAUACCGGUGCAGCGCUGUACCAACUGAGCUAACAAGCCAACUGGGAGCUGGUCAUGAUGUUGGUAUGGUUACUACUGCCUAAGUAGUGCACAUUACUGCGAGGAUCACUUUCAUUCACGUCUUUAUCCGCAGUUCAAAUAUAUGACUUUCAUAUAUUCUUAACCAGUAUUAAGUAGUGUUAAGACGUGCAUUAAAUGUUGAUUGCCGAACUCUCUUUUCUUUUCUGACUCGCGCUUUCUUUUCAAUGAGAGUUUAACUGCAAAGGCUCUUUGAAAAUUGCAGGAAUACGUGAGAAGUUGGAUUUUGUGUGUGCCUUGGACGCCAUGGUAAGUAAAACUGAUAUCCUUGAUCUGUUUUGACAUUUUUCAAUCAAACAUGUGGUGUUGGCCAAAGCAACCUUUUUUCCGAGUUGGUUUUAUCGUCCGGCACACCAAUUAAAGCAUUCCGAUAUCACUCAGUUUGAUUGAAAAAUGUCAAAACAGAUCAAGGAUAUCAGUUUUCUUACCAUGGCGUCCAGGGCACACACAAAAUUCAACUUCUCACGUACUCCUCCAAUGUUCAAAAAGGCUUUAAAGUCGAACUCUCGUUGGAAAGUAAGCGUGAGUCAGAGAAAGAAAAGAGAGCUCGACAAUCAACAUUUAAUGCACGUCAUAACACUACUUAAUAUUACAAACAUAUUCAGGCCCACAAACGCGGGUAAACCGGGAGGCCGGCAACCGUGUUAGAAUUCAGUCUCGUUGCUAUUUUAAUUGAUGCUUUCAUGAAUGACAACGAAUAAAUGCAAUAUCGGCAGGGAAAAAAAGGAGAAACUUACCGAAUUGGCUCUGCUUUACGGCAAAGCGAAGUGAAGACUAUUCAAUGCAGUAACUACGCCAUGUGAUGGUUUCGCGCCAGUCUUCACAUUCGAUGACGUCAUGCCCCAGCAGAUCGCUGUUCCAUUUGCGGUUUGUAUUUUGGUGGUUUCGGCGAGAUAGCCUUGGCGGCCGUCACCACCAAAAAUACAAGGAUGUCAAAUAGAUCAGCACAUACAAAGAUGGCUUAAGGAUCAGCUGCAGAAAAGUAUAGCUAAUAAAGGAAUGGCAUGGCCUUCACGUCACGCCACAAGCAAGCUCGACGAUUCGCCACAACAUCGAAAUAUUUCAAGUAAUACAAAGCAAUAUAAUGUUCAGAUAUAGCGUCUGAUAUUCUGUAAAGCUAUUCGACCUAACGCUACACUAUUUGUGUGUACGCUGUACUAUUCGACAUUACGCUAAGCCAUUUGACGCAACUCUACACCAUUUGUGUGUACGCUGUACCAUUCGACAUUACGCUGAGCCAUUUGACGCAACGCUACACUGUUUCUAUGUACGCUGUACUAUUCUACAUUACGCUUAGCUAUUUCGCGCAACUCUACACCAUUUGUGUGCACGCUGUACCAUUCGACAUUACGCUGUACUAUUCGUCAUUACGCUGAGCCAUUUCACGCCACACUACAUCGUUGGUACCUACGCUGUAUCAUUCGACAUUACGCUGAACCAUUUCACGCAACGCUACACCAAAUGUGUGUACGCUGUAACAUUCUACACUAUGCCGAGCCAUUUCACGAAACGCUACAUUGUUUGUGCGUACGCUGUGCUACUCGACCUUACCCCGAGCCAUUUGACGCAACGCAACACCGUUUGUGUACUGUAUUGCAAAUGAGUGCUAAGCUAUUCGCAAUUGAGCUAGUCCAUUCUACAAUUUCAUUUUCCAACUCGACAUGGGCAACUACACCGUUUAUCAUUUGGCUGAACUAUCCAUGUUUAGGGUGUUCUGUUUCACGAAGGAAAACUAAACCGUCUAUAAUUUGGCCAUGCCAUUCCUUCAUAAGCUAUGCUAUGCUGCAGCCGAUCCUUAGACCAGCUUUUUAUUUGCUGAUCUAUUUGACAUCCUUGUAUUUUUGGUGGUGAUGGCCGCCCAUACGUUACCGUUACCGUAGUGGUUUUCUUAAACUCCCUAAUCGGACCUUCGAGAAAUAGGCCCCAGGAAGACCGCCAUCUCGUGUCUACGAACAGUUGAUGUAACUCGCUGUCACUGAUCUACUAUUAUAUUCCUUUUUAGGUGUUUAAGAAAAUAAUGACAUCUUUAGAAAUGCAUUGACAGGUAAGCCUCGUAAGUUUGGAUUGAAUAACAGUUUAUCCCCUGGCAUAGCUCAGUCAUCUUUACUCCCACGACAGAAAUUUGAAUAUUAUCUUUCGAACUUACUUAAAACAAUAAUUAUUUUUCUGAUAUCGUGGUUGAUCUGUUAGGGUUCUUGUCAAUUAAAUGUCUUAAAGCAAAGCCAAAGUGUUGAAAACGACCAAUCAGAAAAAACGCAAUGGAAGUAAUGUAAAGAACCGAUCAAAUUUAAAAAGAACACAAGCAAACUUCUUAAAGGGCAAGGAAAAGCGGCUUUGCCAGUCGCGACUGGUGUUAGUUUUGUAUUUGAUAGAGUAAGAGGAUGGCGGGAGUUUUGAAGACUAAUGGCAGCGAAAUGAAGAAAACAUAAUGCAGUGUUGGACUACUUACGAUACUCAAUUGAAAAUUACUCUCACUCAAAAUCUUUGAUGAACCGUUUACAAUAAGUCAGUCAGUAUUUUUAGUAAACAAUGUAAUGAUCCUGUGCACUUCUCUGUUGUUCAGGUGUACUUAUCAGUACAGCAAGUUUUCCUGUGUUGAAAAGCAACCGUAUUUUUGAUGGCGGUGCCGCGGGAAUUGAGAUAACAAACAGUGCUGGUGAGCAACAUAACUCCUUCACUAUCAUCACUCUUUAUUGAAUGAUCUUUAGAAAAUCUCACCUCCCUUUGCUCCACCCAUGAAUUUUUGUUAUCACUUUUGUUUCUCUAGAUCUGUGCACUUCAGAAAUUGAAAAGAAUUGACUCUUUUUAAUAAAAUUCAUCUUGAAUUUGUAAAUCAUCAAAAAUAUUCCUUUUGACAGAGUAACAAUAUAUAGUUUCAUCAGCAACCUUUAAAAUGGCCUCUUCGUACUGUCAUCGAUUCUCUAAUUGACCCGAAAUGAAUCAACUCCUGCUUGUUUAAUCUCCUUAUUAUAGACUGAAAAAAAAUCAUAUCAUCCCUAUUUUUUUCAGGAGGAGUUCUAGAAGAAAACGAAGUCUUCAAUAACCGGUUUGACGGGAUUUGUCUGGCUACUGGUGUCGAGCCCAAACUUAGAAGUAAGUAUAAUGUUUGACCUACCCCUACCCCACCCGUUUAUCACUGUUACAUCCUCUGGCACUAAUGAUUCUCUCCUCCCUCAGAUAACAAAGUACACGGUAACAGAAGAGAAGUUGAGCGAGCUAAAGAGUCUUGUCGCUGUUUGUAUCAAGUGUCUGGUAACACAUGCUAUCCGAUGCACGAUUUUUACAGGUGAGCAUACUCAAAGGUGUUAAGCAUGUGACUUUUCCUAACACUAUCAAUACAUUAUUCAGAAAACAGCUGAUAAGAUAGACAGACGUUUAAGGCGUAAGGUGUCAUCUUGACAAAAAAGCAAAUGCUCGUUAAAGAGAUCAACAAUAAAAUGCAUACGCGAAAAUUACUUCAUGGGUUGGAGUUUAUUUAUUUAUUGAUUUAUUUUAUGUUCCCUUUUCUAUCCCUUACCGCCCUGCCGUUUAUUUUAUCUCUAUCUCUUAGCGCCAUGCCAUUUAUUUUAUGUUCCCUUUUCUAUCUCUUAGCGCUCUGCCGUUUUUUUUGAAACACCAAUUUACCAAUCUUAGCUGAGUUCAGAAUAUGUUACUCACCCUCCCCAUCGUUUUACCUCUCAAUCUUUUUCUGCUGGAUAAUGACUCAGUCAUCAACUUAGUCCAGCGGUCUAUCAGACAAGAAAGAUUCCGUAUUUAGUAUAAAUUUAGUCGAUUACGUAGUUAGUAAACGGUCAUAAACAUUCCAAAUCUAUUUGAAUUCACUGAGCUCUGUUACUUAGUCACCAUAGUCUUGGGUGAACACAAUCUCCAAUGAUAUUGCACGGUCAGUUGCUGAGGUCUCAUGUUAGAGAUGCAGUGCUAUCGAUUACAUAUUUUACCUUUGACUGGUUUCUUAAUCAGUCAUCACUGCUUCCUUGAUAUUAACGUGUCUCUUAAUGUAUUUAUACUGACACGUAGGUGCACCACUUGUGGUACGUUGGAUGGCUACGCUAUUUGCGUCACGAGAGACAUGACGUGA